ACUUGAAAUUUUACAUGAUACUCGAAAGUAUCUGUCCAUCUAACCAAUUAUUUUCAAAAACUAUAAUAAAAUAAAAAUUUGUGAGUGUCGUGAAACACUCGGUUGGAACGAAGUUCCUUGCGUAGUAUAUUAUUAUUGAUAAAAUUCUAUUAAAAUGAAGCGUCAUUUGAAAUAAAAUAAUAUUUCUUUCAUGGCAAGAUAAGAAAAAUUGAUUGAUUGAUUGAGGGGAUUGACGUCACGGACGGUAUACGAACAACAGAGGUUGCUUAGAUUUUUAAUUCGAAAAAAUAGAAAUAAAGUUUGUAUCGGUAUAUUAAUAUUAUAUACGAGUGAAAUAGUACAUAACUUUGCCGUGUGAGUGUUAUGGUGUUGUUACCUAUAAAAUUGUAAGUAAUUUUUAACCUAAUCUAAUCUAGAAGAUCUCUGAUAUUUUAAGCCCAGAAGAGGGUACACUUAUACGGAUCUCUGAUUGCAUAGUAGCAUUGUCAGCAACUAGUUGCCGAGUUUAGUUAGCGCCAUCUUCUGCACAAUAGUAUUAACAGCCACUAAGCGCAAUAUGCCAAAGUGUGGAGCAUGUGGUAAAUUUCUAACGUCGACAGGUGCCGUUGCUUGUACCGUUUGUCCCAUUAUGUUUCAUCGUGGAUGUCUAUUAGUAUCUGAAACAACAAAUAUAAGCAAAGAUUGGGCUUGCCCAGAAUGCAAAAAAAAAUCACGAAAAGGAGACAAUAGUUCUACUCCUGUAAGAGGGAUAUCUGGUAACAUAUCACAAGAUAAUGUGCCCCGGGAGGUCACUAUUAGCUCACCCUGCAGCAGUUUGUCUCAGACAUUAGACAUCAAAUCGGGCGAGGAAUCUAUUGCACAAGAGCUAAGUCGCCAGCUCGUUACCUGCACAGCUGAGAUGCGAGAACUCCGAAAGGAGAUUGGUGAACUUCGUGCGUCCGUAUUAGGGUUUAGUGAGCGUAUGGAUGGCAUCGAGCGUAGGCUUGAGAUAAUUGAGCAAAGGCAGAAACCAACCGGAGUUGAGGUUGCCGAACUGGAGCGAACGGUGAACUUAUUGAAGCUGGAGCUCAACGAUCGGGACCAAGAGGCGCUGCUCACAGAUCUGGAGAUCGGGCAUCUACCGGAAGAAAAGGGUGAAAAUAUCAUUCACACAGUGUCCGUGCUUGCGGUUAGGCUAGGUGUGCCAUUAGAGGAGCGAGACAUAGUGUUUGCGGAGCGCAUCGGAGCGGUGCAAGCGGUGGUGAGCGGCGGGUCGCCCGGUGGCGUUGCGCCGCGCGGCCGCCGCGUCGUGGUGCGGCUGGCGCGCCGCCAGCUGCGUGACGAGCUGCUGCGCGCUGCGCGUGUGCGUCGCUCCGUCACAACCUCUGAACUAGGCGCGGCCGCCCCGCCACACCGACUUUACGUUAACGAACGGCUAACCCGAUACAACAGACAGCUCUUCCACAAAGUCCGUGAGGCGUGCCGUAGAUUCUCGUGGCGUUACUCGUGGACAAAGAGAGGUCGCAUAUACGCCCGCCAAGGUGAAGGGAAGCCGGCCUGCUACAUUCGUACGGAGGAUGACUUUAUUCGUAUUUUUGGUUCCGAUAAGGUUUGAAGUAAUGUCUCAUCAUAAUUUAGAAAUAAAGUUAAAUAUAUAUUUUAUACCAAAUUAUAAUAUUAGGAAGAUAGUGUACUAUAUACUUCUUUAUCUCAACUAUGUGGGGAAACUUUAUUUGAAACAAUAUAUACAGCCAUUAUAUUAUAAAUAUUAUUUUUACUCAUUAUAUCAUAUUAUAUAUAUUAACUUUAUAAAACAUCCAUUAUUUUAUGUAUAUUAUUUAUUUAUUUGUAAUUAUGACUACGCCAUACUACUGCACGGUAGAAUGUAUACAUCAUUAAUAUGUUUGUUACCGAACUUAACAUCCGUAUCUAUUUAUAACACAUAUGCUGAUUAUUUACUAGUUUUUAUCAUAAAGAAUAAUCUGCUCAUAUACUAUUUGCAACGGGUAAUUUAAAAUACUUAAAAAUCGGUUUGUUAAACGCAGGCUCCUUAGGUUCUAAGCAUGAGGAAUUUAUAAUAGCCAUGAAAGAGCUUAAGCCGGACAUUAUGGCCAUCAAUGAGACAUGGCUUAGAGCCGGGGAAGAGGGGAAAGCUCCCAUACUGGAUGAAUAUCGUUUGCGACAUAAUCCUAGGCCUCAGCAAAUUAAAAAAGGAAGAGGCGGUGGAGUAGGCUUUUAUGUACAUAAAAAUUUAGCAUUUAAAAUUUGUCCGCAUCCUUCUACUCCUACUGUUGAACAGAUGUGGAUAAAAAUGAAUUUUUCAGGAGUCAACCUUAUCGUUGGGACAGCAUAUAGACCCCCUUGGCUAGACGUUAAUAUUUUUUUAGAUGCGAUAGCUGAAUCAGUCUCCACUUUAGGUAACGCCGAUAAGGUUAUCUUAGUUGGUGAUUUUAACAUUAAUCUUUUGGAGAGUGGAAACAACAAGACCAUAUUACUAAACCAAUUUUUAGAAUGUCAUAGCUUGAAACAAGUUGUUGAUACUCCGACACAUUUUACUAGCCACAGCGAAACAUUAAUAGAUUUGAUCUGUUCUGAUGCUCGAGUACGAAAUACCCUAGUCAAAUACAUACCCGAUUUGGGAAGCCAUGCCAUUGUUACUGCUGAAUUUAAUAUAAAAAAGGAAAAACCUAUUCCUCGUUACUUUACAUAUAGACCACUAAAUAAUAUUGUUACAGAAUUAUUUAUCCGUGAUUUAGAGAACAUUAAUUGGUCACUAUGUACAAAUUUUAAUGACGUUAAUGACAUGGUUAAUUAUUUUUGUUCUGUUACAAACAUUCUCUUCGAUCUACAUGCUCCACUUAAAACCACUCGUUUCAAGUCACCACCUCACCCUUGGAUUACGGAUACAGUACGGAAAAUGAUCAAAAUUCGCGACGACUAUCAUGCUAAAUACAAAAAAACAAAAAAUAACACAUUUAAAAAUUGUUAUAAAAACAUGAAGCAGAUAGUAACAGAAGCUAUGACAAAUGAAAAAAAAGCGUAUUUUGAACAGUACAUAAAUAAAAAUAUUAAGGACUCCAAAACCCUGUGGAAAAAUUUGAAAAAUGUAGUAUAUUUCAAGAAUAAGACUGAGGAACUUCCUCAUCAGUUCAAUGACCCAGAUUUGAUAAAUAGACAUUUCCUAAAUAUACCAGGGGAUGACCCGGUACCAAUUACUUAUACUUCCUACUUUAAACACAAUAGGCACAAUUCUAGUAAUCUUACUUUGUCUACAGUAGCAGAAGAAUUAAUAUUAAAUACUAUUAAAGAACUUAAAUCCAAUGCCGUUGGUAUAGACAAUAUCUCCCUACAGAUGCUUUUAAUGACUCUACCCCAAUCAUUAAUGACAAUUACCGCUAUUAUUAAUAAAUCGAUCCAGAGUGCGGUUUUUCCAGAUUUAUGGAAACUCGCAAUUGUCAAGCCUUUGCCAAAGAAGAUGAAUCCUCUUUCGAUUAAAGAUCUGCGACCUAUUAGUAUAUUGCCCUGUAUUUCUAAAAUACUAGAAAAGGUAGUUUGCAAGCAGAUGACAGAAUACCUUGAAAUCAAUGGCGUACUGCCUGUUAUGCAAUCUGGAUUUCGCAAGGGCCACAGCACUACUACAGCUUUGCUUGAGGUAAUCGAUAAUCUACUUGCAGCUCAAGAUAGAGGUAUGUGCUCAAUUCUGGUGCUCUUAGACUUCUCCCGAGCGUUUGAUUCAAUCGAUCAGUCAUUGCUCCUGGCAAAGUUGUCAUUCUAUGGCUUUGAUGCUAAUGCGGUCAAAUGGUUUGGCAGUUAUCUCACUGGAAGGCAACAACGUGUGGAAAUCAUUACAAGUGACGGUACUAGGAUUCAAUCAAUCCCCCAGAAUGUUACACGAGGUGUUCCACAGGGCUCGAUACUUGGGCCUGUUCUUUUCACGCUAUAUUCUGCUGAUAUCGUAAAGAAAAUUAAACACUGUCAUUACCACCUAUAUGCUGAUGACCUACAAAUGUACCUUUCCUUUAUACCAUCGCCAUCAGGUCUUCUUCAGGCUAUUAAUAAAAUAAAUAACGAUUUAGACGCUAUUUCUGAUUGGUCAAAGUUAAAUUCAUUGGUUCUAAACCCUGACAAGUCAAAGUUUAUGUUAAUAGGAUCAAAAAAUAUGAUUGCUAAACUUGUAAAUGUCCCAAUAGAUUUAAAAAUUGGAAACAGUUCUAUUGAUCAAAUCUCCGAGGCUAGAAGCCUUGGGCUUAAGCUUGAUAACCAUCUGCGUUUCGAAGCACAUGUCAGAGAAAGUGUACGAAGCUGUUUUUAUAGAUUAAAAAUCUUAUAUAAAAUCAGACCAUUCUUAACAGAGCAAAUGAGGAUAAGACUAUGCGAAUCUUUGAUUUUGUCCAAAUUAAAUUACUGCGAUGUGGUAUUUGGACCUUGUCUAUUAAGUAGGACUCAGAGGCUCAUACAGCGUGUGCAGAAUGCAUGUGCGAGGUUCUGCUUCCACAUACCACCUCGUACGCAUGUUACUCCUUUUCUAAAUAAUGCAGGUCUAUUAAAAAUGUCAUCGCGUCGAAAAUUACACCUUGCUACCCUAUUAUUUGGAAUAAUUGCAUUAAAAACUCCUCGGUACUUAUAUGACAAAUUAGUGUGGGUUAGCGAACAAUCAAAAUAUCCUAAACGUAAAUGUACUAAGGUCUUUGUUAUUCCGAAACAUAGAACAAUGGCAUUUAGAGGGUCCUUCAGGUAUGCAGCUUCUCGUUGCUGGAACGAUCUGCCGCCACCAAUACGUGCUCUAAAAACUAUAGGAAUAUUUAAAAAAAAACUGAUAUUAAUUUUAAAACAAGACUGUAAUCACAAAUAAUAAAUAAAAAUUUACUUUUUUUACGUAUACAAUUUAAAGGGCCUCCAUUUAAUACUAAAAAGAUAUGAUGACUGUAAGAUUCACUGUAUUUAUUUAUUUUUUAUCUCCACACUAAUUUUCAGAUCACUUUCUGUUUUCGUUUCUUUUCGUUUCUUUUCGUUGAUGGUGUUGUUAAAUCUUCUUAGUGUUCAAUUAAAUUCAAAUGUUUAUUUUAUUAAGAUUAGACGAUAUAUUUCAUGUUGUUGAGUUGUUGAGCACUUGAUCAUGUAUGUGUACAUGUGUGUAUGGAUGUAUAGAUAUAUAUGGGUUCAUAUGUAAUUGUAUGUUUAUGAUUGCUUAAACAAUGUAUUAUUAUUUCCAAAUAAUAACUCUUAUUAUGCUGAUUCUGUCCCCACACUGAAUAUUUUGAUCUAAUUUUAAUUAGUUUUAGCUUUAGGUAAUGUAUGACCGUCCGUGAAGCCAAUAUUAGGCUCUAUUUGAAAACCAGCGCUGCUGUCAUCUAGUUCAGCAGCUGUUAGCUGAAAUAGGGACCUAAUUUGACUUUACAAAAACCCUGUUUUUUAUAUCUCGUGUUAUUUUAUUUUUUUUUUCUUUGUGAUGUCAAAUAAAGUUUUCUUUUCUU